AUGGAGGAAAAUCUCGAAAAGGAAGAAACUGCGAUGGAUGCUGAAUUAAUUAAAGAUGUAAUAAUCCACAAGAUGGAGGAAGAGAUUCAAGAAAAACAAGAUAUUGAGCCUAUUGAAACUCCUAUUGUUGUUGAAACAUAUAUUUCAAAAGAUGAAGAACAACGAUUGGCUUGCUUUGAAAUUCGAGGUAUGGAUAAAUCUGAUUAUUCCAUCCAAAUAUGA